UGAGGUCCAGAGAUUCUGCGAUCGAAGCAUCGGAGGAGCUCAAGUGAACCUUCUACAAGUCCUUGGGUCCGCGCCAGGCUCCCUUUUGGGGCGGGAGACCACGUUGGAGCAUCUCCAGGAGGUGCAGGAAUGGAACAGCCCACCUUGCAUCCUCUGUGCGGUGUUGUUUGCCUGAUCUACCCUUAGGCAUGUAGAGGAGACUUGUAAUCACCCGGUGAGGCACUGAAAGCCCGAUGGCAGAGAAAAUAUCACAGGACUAAAGCUAGUGAUCGUCUGGGGGCCGCACUCGUUUCUGCAUGCAGUUGGAUGAGCGUGAAAGAGGUGCCCUAUUGAAAAGCACAACAGUCCUUUAAGAGGAGAAAAAUUGAGUUUCCCCAUUUUUGCCAAGAUUCUGAAGACUGUUCAAUGUAUCGUAUAUUUGUUUUAAGAUGAGAACUUUAUAAAAUAUUCUUCCCAAGAGCGUAAACGAUGACUACCCCAGCGCUGCUACCCCUCUCUGGACGAAGGAUACCACCUCUGAACCUGGGGCCGCCUUCCUUCCCGCAUCACAGGGCUACCUUGAGACUUUCUGAGAAGUUUAUCCUCCUCCUUAUUCUAAGUGCCUUCAUCACCCUGUGCUUUGGGGCAUUCUUCUUCCUUCCAGACUCUUCAAAACACAAACGCUUUGAUCUGGGUUUGGAAGAUGUGUUAAUUCCUCAUGUAGAUGCCGGCAAAGGGGCUAAAAACCCUGGAGCCUUCCUGAUCCAUGGACCAGAUGAACAUAGACACAGGGAGGAAGAAGAACGCUUGAGAAAUAAAAUUCGAGCUGAUCAUGAGAAGGCCCUGGAAGAAGCAAAAGAAAAAUUAAAAAAGUCAAGAGAGGAAAUACGAGCAGAAAUACAGACAGAGAAAAAUAAGGUCGUCCAAGAAAUGAAGACGAAAGAAAAAAAGCCACUGCCAGCAGUUCCUAAACCAAACCUUAUAGGAACACAUGGUGGAGACCCAGAAGAUAAUGACCUCAGAGAGAAAAGGGGAAAAAUUAAAGAGAUGAUGAAACAUGCAUGGGAUAAUUACAGGAUAUAUGGAUGGGGACAUAAUGAACUCAGACCUAUUGCAAGGAAGGGACACUCCACUAAUAUAUUUGGAAGUUCACAGAUGGGUGCUACUAUAGUAGAUGCUUUGGAUACCCUUUAUAUUAUGGGACUUCAUGAUGAAUUCCGAGAUGGGCAAAAAUGGAUUGAAAACAACCUUGAUUUCAGUGUGAAUUCAGAAGUGUCUGUGUUUGAAGUCAACAUUCGAUUUAUUGGAGGCCUACUUGCAGCAUAUUACCUUUCAGGAGAGGAGAUAUUCAAGAUUAAAGCAGUUCAAUUGGCUGAGAAACUCCUUCCUGCCUUUAACACACCUACGGGGAUUCCUUGGGCAAUGGUGAAUCUGAAAAGUGGAGUAGGGCGAAACUGGGGCUGGGCAUCUGCAGGUAGCAGCAUUCUUGCUGAAUUUGGUACACUACAUAUGGAAUUUGUCCACCUCAGCUACUUGACAGGAAACCCGAUUUACUACAAAAAGCAUUGUGCUGAAGUUCCUAGUCGGCAUGGCAAGAUAAGAAACAAAAUGAACAAAAAGGUCAUGCACAUUCGGAAACUACUUCAGAAAAUGGAUCGUCCAAAUGGUCUUUAUCCAAAUUAUUUGAACCCAAGGACGGGUCGCUGGGGUCAGUAUCAUACAUCAGUUGGCGGGCUAGGAGACAGUUUUUAUGAGUACUUACUAAAAGCAUGGUUGAUGUCAGAUAAAACAGACCAUGAGGCCAGAAAAAUGUAUGAUGAUGCUAUUGAGGCUAUAGAAAAACAUCUUAUUAGGAAAUCUCGUGGAGGUCUUACCUUUAUUGGAGAAUGGAAGAAUGGGCACUUGGAAAAGAAGAUGGGGCAUUUGGCCUGCUUUGCUGGGGGAAUGUUUGUACUAGGAGCAGAUGGUUCCGGAAUGGAUAAAGCUGGACAUUAUUUAGAGCUCGGAGCGGAAAUUGCACGUACAUGUCAUGAGUCAUAUGACAGAACAGCAUUAAAGCUAGGUCCUGAAUCAUUCAAGUUUGAUGGUGCAGUAGAAGCUGUGGCAGUCCGGCAGGCUGAAAAGUAUUACAUCCUCCGUCCAGAAGUAAUUGAAACCUAUUGGUACCUGUGGCGAUUCACUCACGAUCCAAGAUAUAGGGAGUGGGGCUGGGAAGCAGCACUGGCUAUUGAAAAGUAUUGCCGAGUCAGUGGUGGGUUUUCUGGGGUGAAGGAUGUGUAUUCCUCUACACCUACACAUGAUGAUGUACAGCAGAGCUUCUUUCUUGCUGAAACGUUAAAAUACUUGUAUCUGCUGUUCUCCAGUGAUGACCUUUUACCUUUAGACCACUGGGUAUUUAAUACAGAGGCUCACCCUCUGCCCGUGUUACAUUUAGCCAACACCACACUUUCAAGAAAUCCUGCUGUUCGGUGAAAGCAGCUCCAGAAAGACCAUUCGCACUUGUGUUUUGUUUACAUGGACCACUACAGAAAUUAGUCUGGAGAGGGGCCUUUUGAAAACCUGGACCUCUUAAGUCAACAUGGCAGGGUGAAACAUGACUGUUCCCCGCAGGACUUUUCAGCUUGUAGAUAUUUCAACUUUGAAAUGAUUCCAUUUUAUACCUGACCAAAACAUAUUCUGGUGUGUGUAGGACAGAGACCUGAUGUGCUUUGAUUCUUAAUGAGAUGGUCACAGUGAGAAAUCAUGCCUGUUACUACUUACUGUCUUCAGAGUCUUGGAAUCUGGAGUCUAGACUUUCUAAGAAUAAGCCAAGAACGUGGAGCACCUUGCAGGAGUUGGAGAUGGCCUUUGGAACCAAUUAUGUAUUUGUUUCCUUCCAAAGUGGAGCAGCUCUCAAGUCAAAAUAUGUAUGCAUUAUUUAUCCCUUUUUUCUCCAUUUUUAAUAAUGGAGUGAAUUAAAAUAAACAAGAACAAAAGAACAGUGUAACUGCACCGGCAGCAAGAAGACUCGAAACAGAAACAGAAUACCUAUCCCUGUCCGAAUUUUCAAGUUCCGCAUUAGAUGACCAGACUGGCAACCAUUUCACAUCUCAAUCUGUUCCAUUGAAAUUUCUUGGUUAAAUUUGUUUUCUCUGGAGGCAUGAUCUCACAAACAGUACUCUUCAAGUCUUUGUCUCCCUAUGGAAUCACUGAGACUGCUCUUUAUCAUAACCACUACUUGCGAGCCUGGGUUUGGGACCCUGUGCAUGUUGUUGGGUCGAGUGUUGGUAGCAUGACAAAAAGUGGGGAAAAUGCCGCAGUUUGUUGCCUUGAAACCUGUUCUAAGAGAAAGCCUUGGUUUUGUUGGUAGGAGAUUAUUUUUCCAAACCAGCAAAUCUACCAAGUAAGUUUUAUCUACUUUAACCUCAUAAACUUAGUAGAAUCCCUCAAUUUACAACUCUUUUUAUGUGGUUUGGCAAAAUUCACUGUAUUGUUAUGCAGCACUCAAUUGACCUCCAUGAGCCAAAUUACUUUGACAGUUUACUAAAUCAAAAACAAAAUAUAGUGAAACUUCCCUACCUGUUUUUGGGACAGGGAGCCUUUAUUAUCCCAUCAGAUGAGUGAGCUUUUCACAAAUAUGUUCUGUAAAAAAUAAAUUCAGCUUUUUUUUUCUCCAAGGAUAUUCACAGAAAUUCAAAGAAUCAAUCAGAAUAGCGUCAAAAUAAUUUUUAGUGAUUAAAAUGUGAUAUAAUUAAUUACACUAAAUUUGGGAUAUAUCUAAGGGGCUUUCUCUUACCAUAAAUAGAUUUUGCAAUGAUAUUUCUUUUUAAAAAAAAUUACUAUUUCUCUAUAUUGGGAGGGAUAACUUAAAUUUUAUCAAGAACUAUAAGAUAAGUAUCUAAGACAUAAAUUUUCUGUCCCUUGGGCUUAUGUCACAGUGCAAGACACUUUUUCUUCCUUACAUUUAAUACAGACAGCUUCCAUUGACAGUAAUAGUUGGGAGUAGUAUUAUUAGUCAGUAUUUACUCUGAAGAUUUCAUGAAAACAGUGUGCAGGAAGCCCACCUUAGAGUUCUGAAGGCUUAUUUUCUUAUUUUGAUAGUUUUUCUUUUUACUCUUUUAUUACCAUGUGGUAGAUUUCAAUUGGAAAAAGAUUUAAUAAAUUAAUAUAAUUAAAUAUUUUUUAAGGGUGAUCAUCUUAUACAACAAAUAGUCAAACAGUCCUCACAUUUCAGCGAAUGACCCAUAAAUAAUAACCAUGUCAAGAUUUUCAGUAUACAUAGAAAGUAAGAAUGCAGAGCCAGUUGCAUUAAUUAAAUCUUUAGGAGAGUUAAAUUUUAGUACGUAUUUUAAGAUUAUAAUGUCUUUUGCUAACUGAAAAAUUAAAAUUUUUAAAUGAAAAGUGCAGACGACUAACUUUAGAAGAGAAAGGGGCAAGUAUUUCGUGCUCAAAAAAUGUUAGCUUUCCUCCUAAAAAUAGCACAAGCCCACUUAUGAGUCACUAAAAAAAAAUGAAAACCUUGACUUGGUGAAAGACCCAGAGGAGCUGUAGAGAUGGCAGUGAAUCCUCCCUCACUUCGUUUAGAAGAUGGGUGACUGGAGCUCGAGAGAAGGCAGAGGAAUGUACAAGCAUGGCCAGUUUUGGUUCAAGCAAAAAGUUUGAGGGAGACAAAGGAAGAAUUUUCUUUACCAUCCCCCAUACCUUCCUUGUGAUGAUGAGAAGAUUAGAACUUCUGAGAAUGCUUCCUGUUUUUUUUUCCUCUGAAUACCAAAGGCAGUUAAAUUUAAGUCAGCUACAAAUGACUUGCCAGUGUUGUGUCUUAUUUUUGUUAUAGAUUUAAAAAAUUAUUUUCUCCAAGAUCAAUCCUUAUUCCAUAGUAUCCCAUAUUCUGCUUAGUUUCCAAGAAUAUUCUUUACUUUGUUCUCUCCUUUACAGUCCUUUGCAUCGUGUAGACCUUAUCACUCAGGUUAAAUACUCAUUACAUUUAUAAGACCUUCUGCAAAGAGCGCAGAAAUGCUCCUUUCCAGGUGCCUCCUCAAAAGCAGACACAUUACUUUGUGCCUUUGGCACAAAUGUGCAGAGUAGAUAGAUCAUUUGUUAUAUAAGAGAAAAAAAUAGAGAUGUUGAGCACCCCCUCUACCUUCUAUAUUUAUUUUUCUUUUAAAAUUUUAGAAUCACACUUUUUGGUUCAAACCAAUAUAAAGUUGUUAAAACCAAGAGAAUGUGGUCCCAACCAAAAAGAAGUCUCAGUGCAGAAAAGUAAGGACCCAGUCACAGGGUUCUUACUUUCUCGUGGGUUGCACAGAUGUGCUGUUUUAUGUCUCUCUCAUACUAACUUAUUCUUGUCUUUGAGCAGAUGUUUAUAUGUAAAAGCAAAACUGGGUAUUGAAGGAAUAUAUUCCUUUUGUGGAACAUUGGCCCUGAUGCUCUGUGAUGUCCUCUAGGACAAUGCAGGGCUUCACUGGGUCGAUUGUAACCAAGCAAUUUAAAAUUUUGGUCAUUAACUUCUCAUCUCCAUUCUCCAUUGCCAAAGUCUUUGUCAGAACUACAAAUCUGUUGUCAAAAGGUUGUGCUUGCCAUUCUCAUCAUGGAGUUUCUCCUUAGGCCUAGAUUUCUUUGCAUGAAUGAGUGCGUGAAUGAGAGAGUGAAUGAAAACACACAGAGUACCUAACGUGUGCCAAGCGCUGUGCAGGGCACUUUCAAGUAUUAGAACAUCUUGUGAUUCCAGUGGCAUUUUCUGUAUAAGAGUUGUUCAUACCAUUUUAAGCGUUUUCCAGUAUGAUCAUGUUACAAAACCCUUACUUUUGUAUUUCAUUUAAAUUAAAGAAGGAAAGAAAUGGUUUAUAAUAUAUUUUAAACAAUGUGUUACUAUAUAAUACUAACAGCUAUUAUUGUAGUUAAUAACUAAAGUCUCUUGGAAAAUGUCAAGGAAAUACUUGAUUUCUGAUGCAACUUUGACUAAAAUAUCUACUUUAGAAAUAAAAACAUUCUUAUUUUGC